GUACUACUUUCCUAGAAUGAGUUCCACUGCCCUACUACCCAGCCUAGCUCUGAACGCAUCAAACUCGAGUCGUCUCCGAACUCUCCGCGAUUGGCAAACGACCCUUCGACUUGAAGACCUCAGUCAUGAUCAGUGCGUCAUUUGUUUGCAAUCCCUGGUAGAUCGAACUGUUAUCCAACAUGAGUUUUGUUUUGAAUGCAUUUCGAUUUGGGCAGGUGAGCCUGCUCCAAUUCUACUUCAGUAAUUGAGCCUGGGAGAGAGCUGGUAUGGAAUUCU